CACGUUCAAAUAGAACAAACGAAAUAACUCAAACGGGUUCGUUGACCGGCUACAACAACAACAACAACUACAACUCACAUAAAUAACAGCAACAACAACAGCGAAGGCAGCAGAGAAUAGUGUCAAGCGAGAUUAGCUUCAGAAAUAGAAACAGCCCUCUUGCAGUUCCACCCAAAAAAAAAAAAAAAAACAAAAGAAAAAUUGAAAAUAAUUAAGUAUAAUGGCAUCUGCACCGCAAAGCAAAAGGCAAAAACUAUCCGAGCCGCAAUGUGUGGAGGAUAUUGUACCGUUAAAUUAUAAGGAACUGGAUAUUAUCGGCACAGGCGCCUACGGCACAGUUUAUCGGGCACGCGACAAUAUCACCGGGCACUUCGUGGCCAUUAAGAAGGUGCGCAUUGCACUCACCGAGAAUGGAGUGAGUGCGUCCACGCUGCGAGAGAUUUCGCUCCUUAAGCAGCUGAAUACAUAUGAUCAUGCGAAUAUUGUCAAACUGCUCGACGUAUGCCAGUUCUUGGAACGCGAUGGGAAAUUGUUGAUUCUGUUGGUUUUCGAGCACUUGGAGCAGGAUUUAUCCGACUUAAUAGAAGCUUUGCCACCCUCCGGCAUGUCGCCCACAAAUAUACAGCGCCUGUCGCGUGAGCUAUUGACCGGAGUGGACUUUCUGCACGCCCAUCGCAUCAUUCACCGCGAUUUGAAGCCGCAAAAUCUGCUCGUCUCGUCGCAGGGCCAUCUAAAGAUAGCCGAUUUUGGCCUGGCCAAGACCUAUGGCCGGGACAUGAAACUCACCUCGGUCGUGGUCACCCUGUGGUAUCGGGCGCCCGAGGUGCUGCUCGCCCAGGGCUACAACAGCUCGGUGGACAUCUGGAGUGCGGCCUGCAUCAUAUUCGAGAUGUUCAAUCGCAAGCCCCUCUUUCCGGGCAACUCCGAGAAGAAUCAAUUGGAUCGCAUAUUCGAACUAACGGGACGUCCCACGGAGGAGCAAUGGCCCAAGAGCGUGUCCAUCUCGCGGGAACACUUUCCGCCACGCAGUCGCAAGCGACCCUCCGACUUCUGUCCGGAUCUCGGCAAAUUCGCCGACAAUUUGCUGGACCAAAUGCUCUCGUAUCAGCUUCACAAGCGUCCCACUGCGCUGGCCUGCUUGGAGCAUGAGUAUUUCCAGGAGGAGCCCUUGUAGAAUGCGGCUGAGUUCCCAGCUAAGCGAAGCAUUUAAUUGCUUCUGCCAAAAUGUUCCUUUAUUUUAUAUAUAUAUAUGUAUUUUUUUUAAUAUUGUUUAUCAAGCUUAAAUGUAAUUGUUAAUCAACUGCCGUUAAACGAAACUCGAGGAUUGCGAUCCUGUCUAAAAUGUGAUACACAAA